AUGCCGGAGAAAGCCACUGUGACACCGCCAGUGAUGGGUUGGCUCGCCACUGUGAGAAGAUUUGUAGAAAUUCCGAAUCCAGGGAUACUCAAAGUUUUUGUCAUAAGCAAUUUCGCAACGCUCAUCUCAGGACUUGCCUUAGCCAUUGAAUGGCUCUCUCACGGCAAGAACCAUACCGAGUUCGUCUGGAUCAUUUACUACUCGUUGUUCUUGAUCUGUCUUCCUCUUCUCAUCUGGAUCCUCAUGGCCAUUUGUUCCUCUAGCCGCUGUUCAAGUCAGAUUGCAGACUCGGUCGUGGCUGAAGAACCGUCUGCUGUCGUUUCCAAUGCUAAGCGAACUGAAGAAGAAACGGAGAGAAACAGUUGCCGGAGUUUAGCCGUUGUGGUUGAUUCUGAUGAAAGGAGGAGCAAAGAGGACAAGACGCCGAGGAUGAAACGCGCUGUCUCGUUCCCGUCGCAUGGCAAAGUAAGAUCGUGUCGCACUCGUUAG